CCUGGGAAUAAUACAAAUCUGCUGCUUCCUGCCGACGAGGGCAAAGAUGGCGACUCCUUUUGGCUUGCGUGUGCGACUGGGCGGUGUUGAUCAGCGGUCCCUGCCUCACCCCGACCACCUUCUCCAUCUUUGUUUUGUAGAUCCCGUCUUUUUGCUUUCUUCAAGAUGCUGUUCUGGCUCCCCCUUAUUUCGUGUGCUGCCGCGCUGGUCGCCGGCACAGCCAUCCCCGCCCAUGAUGUCCACGUCCAGCGCCAGGCCCAAGACUCGGACGAGAUCAUCUCGGUCAGGGAGCUGGUCCGGAGGAACCACCUGGUGCCUAUCGAGCAGCGAUCCGACCUUUUGGAGAAGAGGGCGUUCGAAAAUAAAACGUUCGACCUGAGCUGGCAGCGCGAGAAGCGCACGCUCUUCUCGGCAGCAUGGGAGGGCACAUCGCCCAAGGUCCCGAUCGGGCUGCUGCCCGUGGCCGGCGCCGUCGGCGGCAACUUCAACCUCACGAUGCAGUGCGUCGACUGCAGGACGUACGGCAACAUCGUCGCGUCCCUGGACGACUCGGACGGUCUCAAGGCGCUCCUGACCUUCAACCAGGUCGGGGCGUACAUCGACCUGGCCAUGUUCGCGUCGUCGGAGGGCACAUUUACCAUCGGGCUGGGCGCAUCGCUGGGCAGCUCCAACGUCACGGGCAAGGUCUUUGCCGCCGGUUUCGGCUUCAGCAUGGACCUGAUCCUGCAGGUGACGGGCGCGGUCCAGGCCAACGGCGGCUUCCAGAUCUCGAUUCCGGACGGCGAGACGGUCGGGCUGGACAUUGGGCUGAAGCUCAACAAGACUGAGAACGGUCUGCUGCAGCCGACAUCCAGUAUCAACAAAGUACCCAAGGUCAACUUCUCCCUGCUGCCCGUUUCCAUCUCGGACGGGUCCGUCAACAUCACGGCGGCGCUGCGGCUCAAGGCCGACGCGGGCAUCACGGGGACGCUGGGGUUCAAGGGCUCGGACAUCGGGUCCGUCUCGGUCGGGGCCAAGGUCGGGGCGCACCUGACGCUGAUCGAGGUCAAGAUGGGCAGCGUCAACGCCAGGGCGGCGGCGGGCACGUGCCGCAACGCGCUCUUCAUCGACGCCGACUCCAACGGCGGGGCCUUUGCGCAGCUCGACGGCUCCGUCGGCCGCGGCGGCCAGAGCCGGUCCUUCGCCGUCGGGCCCCAGGUCAGCACCACCUUUUGGGCCGCCGGCACCACGCUGUGCCUGCGCGAGAACAAGGAGGGCAGGGCCAGCACCCCGCCGCCGGCCUUCAUCGCCACCACCCCCGCGCCGGCGGCCCCGCCGGCGUUGGGCGCCUGCGGCACGGCAUCGCUCGUGACCGAGUCGACGACGGUGACGUCCGUCUACAGCAUGACGACGUGCGCCGUGCCCGAGAUGGAGUGCCCGCCGCGCUUCAACCAGGUCGUGGUCGUGACAAACGUCGAGGCCGUGCAGACGAUCCGCUGCCCCAACGUCGGCGGCCGCACCAACUCGUCCUCGUCGGGGGCGGCGGCCUCGGCGCCGAGGCCGACGGUGGCGCCGGUGCCGCCCACGGGCACGCCGCUGGUGCUGACGCCCAUCCUGAGCCCGCUGCCCGUAACGGUGCCGUCGUACGCAAACAUUACGGUUAACUCUACGGGGCCCGUGACGGGCUCGUUCGUUGCCGUCACCCCGCCGCCCGCGAGCCUGCCGACGAGCGGCAUACCCCCGGUCGACAACCGGGAAAGGCCAAACAGCGGGGGGUCGCCGUCGUCGGCCGCCGGGGUGGCUGUCUGGGCCGCGACUGGACUUUUUGGUGUGGCCCUGGUGGCUGUUCUUUUAUAAGCAACCAUUUAGCAAGGAUUGUUUUUUUCUUCUGGAUGUAUUUAUUCAUAACGGCUUAGAUACCCUGGUUUUAAUUCAUUUCCCCCAUGCCAGCCGCGUACACAACA